AUGGCCACCCACACCACUACUACUACAAGCACAUCCACUUCUCCCGUCGUGGCCGAUGCCGACGAUGCCACGAUCAAGACUCUCCUGGCCAGCUUCCUGCACAAUCCCGCGCUGCUGGAGAGCUUCCACGUGCCGCGGUUCAAGCUGCGCCUGGCCACCAUCCGGGCCUGGGGCGUGCGCGAGGGCGACCACCUCCUGGACAUUGGCUGCGGCCAGGGCGAGUCCUCCGUCGCCCUCGCCGCCCUCGUCGGCGACCGCGGCCACGUCACCGCCAUCGACACGGCCUCCAUGGACUACGGCCACCCCUUCACCAUGCGCGCCGCCCACGACCACCUCCGCCAGUCCGCCCUCGGCCCGCGCGUGACCUUUCACCAGGCCGACGCGCAGUCCUUCUUCGCCGAGCAGCAGCAGACGGCGCCGCGGCUGGACGCGGCGGUGCUCUGCCAGAGCCUGUUCUACUUCCCCGGCGAGCACGAGGUGCGCGCGCUGUUCGCGACGCUGCGCGCGGCGGGCACGUCGCCGGUGUACGUGGCGGAGUGGUCGUACGUGCCGUCGCGCGAGGCGCAGACGGCGCACGCGCUGGCGGCGACGGCCCAGCGGCUGUUUUACCGGUACCGGUACCGGCCGGAGGCGGGGAGGGAGGACCCGCGCGAGCAGAACGUGCGCGGCGGCGUGGAUAAGAGUGCGAUACUGCGCGCGGCGGCGGCGGCGGGCUACGGGCUGGCGAGGGAGGCGCUGAUCACGCCCGAGGAGGACAUGCGCGAGGGCGAGUUUGAGGUCCGGUUCACGCUGGGCGAAGUGUUCAGGCAGCGCGUUGCGGAGGCGGAGCUGUCGGGGGAGCAGAGGGCGGAGAUUGUGGCGGCGAUCGAGAAGUUGGAGGCGGAGAUGAAGAAAGAGCUGUACAAGGAUGGCACGGGUAUCAUGUCCAUGGAUGUGUGGGCUGCCGUGUUUGAGCUGGACAAGUAG